AUGUACAUUCAUCAACAAGUACCGGAACCGUACAUGGAUGAAUACUUUCAUUUUCAUCAAGCAGCAAAUUAUUGUUCAGGAAACUACAGACAUUGGGAUCCAAGUAUCACAACACCACCUGGUUUAUAUUUUCUGACACAUAUUUUAGAAAUAACUUUAGAUAACUUGCAGAUACUUCAUCAAUCAUUCGGGCAAUGUUCCUUAGGCUUAGCUCGAUUUACCAAUGUUAUUUUCAUAUUAAUAUUACCAUUUAUAUUCGUGAAGUAUCUCCAGAAGCUAAAAGAAAUGGAUCAACAGACUUCCAUCCUCUCUUCAAUAUGUAUAACCUGUCACCCGUUAAUAUAUUUUUUUACGUUUCUUUAUUACACCGAUGUUGGUUCGCUUUUCUUCGCCAUGCUUUCAUUGACAACUCAUGUUUAUCAUUAUCAUUUCUCAUCAGCACUAUUUUCUCUGGUUGCACUUACAUUUCGUCAAACGAACAUCAUUGUCGUUGCCUACGAAAUCGGUUUAACUAUUAUCGAAGAAUUCCGAUUGCAUUCGAAGCAAAGUCAUAUUUUGCAUGUUUAUACAUUACGUUCGAGUGAUAAAAUUGAAAUGAAAGAAUACUUUCUCGUUCUAUGGAAAUAUGCUCGAAUGGAAAUUAAAUUCAUUUUCCAUCUUUUACCAUCAAUUGCCAGAAAAUGCCAGUACCACGUAUGCGUUAUUUUAUUAUUCAUCUUCUACUUUAUUAAAAAUAACUACUCUGUAACACUCGGUCACCAGGAGCAUCAUCAAAUGGUCCUGCAUUUAGCCCAAAUGCAUUACUAUGCCAUCUACACUGCAUUUUUUGUCAGUGCACAUUUGGUGACUGUCACGAAUUUUUGUCGCCUAUGGCGUUUCAUUCGCACACAUCCGCUAGUUUUUCUUGUGUUGUUAGUGUUAAUUAACCUCAGUAUUAAAUAUUUUACGUAUGAACAUUUAUUUCUUCUCUCUGAUAAUCGACAUUACACGUUUUAUAUAUGGUCGCGGUUAUUCAAACGUUAUAGCCAAUUUCGUUAUAUAAUAACGCCGGUCUAUGCCGUAUCAAUUGUUUUACUCUACUUUCAAAUUUACGAUCGAUCAUUAUUAAAUAUUCUCCUGUUACUCAUUUCGAUCAUUUUGUUGACAAUAUUUCAAAAGUUGUUGGAGUUUCGAUAUUUCAUAUUACCAUUCAUUCUCUUACGCUUGGCAAUCAAUGAUAAGAAAUCAUCGAAAUUAUACUUUGAACUUUGCCAAGCAAUUGUUUUUAAUGUUCUCACGAUUUAUAUCUUCUGCCAUCGAACGUUCGUCUGGUCGACUCAUCCGAAUGAAAUACAACGGUUUAUGUAUUAA